AUGGCGCUGAUACAGACAGCCUUUAUAUGGGUUGCAUAUGCAGUCGCCGUAGGACUCGUGGCGCUCAUUUCAGCUAUCUUCACAUACACAUAUCAAACUCCUCGCGAUCGAUCCGCCUUGGUCUCCACCGUAACGAUAAUCACGUUGACCUCCCUACUUGCGACGGUAUUGCUUCUGCCUGUCGAUAUUGCACUUGUUAGCUCUACAAAUUCGACGAAACUAGGAGCAAAGAAGGAAUGGGCAACGCCCGAGGCAGUACAUAAUAUACUGUUGACGCUCAGGAUUGUGUACUACACGCUCUACAGUUUUGAUGCUGUACUAUGCCUCUUGGUCGUACCAUUCACCUACUUCUUCUAUGAAGAAUACGACGAGGUUGAUGCCGAGGAAGGCAAUCAGACAUUUGGCCAAAAGUUCUGGGGGGCGUUCAAAUAUACAUUGGUAUUUGUUGCCCUCGUGGUGAUUCUAUUCCUUGUUGGCUUUUUUGUACCAGUGGCUAGGGAUCGCAAGGAUGCCCAUAUGGAUCUCGACUAUUUUAAACGACUCCUAGCAGAAAAUCAUGGCGUCAGAGCUCUGACAUUUGCUCUCGGAUUAUUGAUAUGUCUCGGUACACUUCUCUAUAUUCUGUACACGGCUGCUGGCCUUGCUCUAUUGCCGAUUUCUUUCAUCAAAUCUGCACCCUCUAUUAGCGCACCUCAACUGUCCGAAACUACUGCAAGUGCCCUGGAGCAGAACCGAGAAAGACAACGUCAACUUGAGGGCCGCAAUACUGGCCGUGAUGGGGGAUUGCCGGCUAAGGACCAACGGGAACUAGAAUCUUUGGUUCGUGAGGAACGAACUCUUGUCCGCCGUGAACGUCUCGCUGCCGAGGCUCAAGGUGAAGGCAAGAGCUUCAUUGUUAAAUCCUGGACGAAAGUUUGUGCAGUUUUCAGACCUCUGAAGCUUAUUGGGGGAAUCCUCCUUCUUAUCUUGGCUGUUGUCAUCUGGGUUUCCAUGCUUAUUACCGGUAUCGACAAAGCUAAAAAUUCUAUCUGCAAGCAACAUUGUGGUUAUAUCCUGGGAAGUAUCAACGUCUUCCAACCCAUCAACUGGAUCUUCGUUCAAUCCUCUAGAGUAUUCCCUAUCGACUAUGUCUUGAUGGCACUUCUGGUUCUGUUCCUCUUUAGCAGUUCAGUAGUAGGAAUUGCCACUAUUGGGAUCCGGUUCCUCUGGAUUAAAUUAUUUGAGAUCCGCAAAGGGCACACCUCUCCCCAAGCUCUCCUGAUCGCUACCGUCAUGUUGACUUUAAUCAUGCUUGCCAUCAACUAUGCGCUUGCCAUGAUUGUCGCACCACAGUACGCCAUCUAUGGAGCUCAAACAUUCUGCAGCAACCCAACAAGACAUCCCGACGACCAGCCUGAUUGCUCAAACCACAAAGAGCUUAUCAAACCCUGCUCUGAGCUUUCAUCAGAAUACGCUUCUAAGAACGUCUGCACUCCCAGUGUGGUGUCGACCUUCCUCAACCGGGUCACCGUCAACUUUCCAUUCUUCGGUGCAUUGGCCUUCUGGGCACAAUUCGCCUUUUUGGCUGUCUUCUUGAUUGUCUUCCUUACCGCGCUAUUCCGUACUCCUAAAUUGGACAUCAGCCAACUUGAUGAGGAUGCUGAGGUGGAUGAGGAAGAGGGCUUGCUUGCGAGCACCAGCAGGAGGUUUGGUGCGACGUGGCAAGAUAUUCGUGGCAAGGCGAAGAAGUCAACUUAUGGAGCUGCAGGACGUGGUGUUCGUGGUGAUGAUCAUGAUGGUGAUGAUGAGUAG